AAAGUCUUAAGUCCAAGAACAAAUAAAUAAGUACAUGAGAGCAGGAGUUGGGAACCCAUUCAUUCAGAUAGUAAACAUUCUGCGGAAGCACGCGCAUCAACCAUCAGCGCUUUCGAUGGCCGCUUCUUCUUCGAAUCUGAAAAGAAAUUACCAUGUGUUCCUGAGCUUCAGAGGCACGGAUGUGCGUAACUGCUUCGUCGGUCAUCUCUAUGCCGGUCUAGACCAUACAGGAAUACACACUUUUGUGGACAGCGAGGAGCUCAGAAAAGGAGAGCAAAUAUCGCCGGCGCUUAUGAAGGCGAUCGAGGGGUCGCGCGCUGCGAUCAUCGUUUUCUCCGAGAACUAUGCUUCCUCACCGUGGUGUUUGGAAGAGUUGGCCAGAAUUAUGGAGUGCCAGGAGCAAAGAGACCUCAAGGUCUUUCCCGUGUUUUACAAAGUUGAACCCAGAGAAGUGAGAACACCAAGAGGGAGUUACAGAGAAGCUAUGGCUGAAUAUGAAUUAAAGUUCGGAAAGGGUUCGGACAUAGUGAAGAGAUGGAAGAAGGCUCUCUCCAACGCUGGUAGCUUGUCUGGGUGGAAUUUCCAUGAGGGGUAA